AUGGCAGACUCAUCCAAACGAAGCACAAGUUCGGAGGAGAAGCUGGCACCCGCGACUGCUGACGUCGCAAAGGAAACCGCGAAGCUGCUGUACUGCCGAGUAUCCCCUACACGCACGUCGUCAUCGCUUAAAACGUCCCUACACGACGAGCGGCCAGCUAUGCCGUCCGUGCCGCAGACUGACGGGGCAGACUCGGUGUCACUUGAUCGGCCCUCAUUCCUCCAUGACUUGAGAGCAUUCUCAAGAGAGUGGAUUCGACUAAAUGGUCUUGAUGUUCUUGUUAUGCUAGCUGUGGGUGGCCUGAGUUUCGGCAUAUAUCACGCCCCGAACAGGGGAGUGCGAACCUUUCCCAUCACGUUCGACGGCUCAGGGGACAUCGUGUACCCCGAAUGGGCCUACCCUUACCGCGGCUGGAUUGUGCCGGCAUGGGUCUUGGGGGCGGCCUCCAUCCUGGGCCCCGUGCUCGUCUACCUCGUCGCCCAGAUCCAAGUCAAGUCGGCCUGGGACGCUAGCAAUGCCAUCAUGGGCACGCUGUGGGCCGUGACGCUCGGCACCUUCUUCCACGUGGUCAUCAAGCAGCUCAUCGGCGGAUUCCGGCCGUACUUUCUGGACGUGUGCCGGCCGGACGUUUCCCUGGCAGAGACACACAACAGGUCGGGACUGAACGCGGUUGGGUUCCAGCAAGUCAUGUACACGACGGACAUAUGCACGCAGACCAACGCCUCGCGACUCAAAGACGCCGUGACGUCAUUUCCGAGUGGCCAUUCGACUGCUGCCUUUGCCGGCUUUGUGUUUUUGCUGCUGUGGUUGAACGCGAAGCUGAAGGUCUGGGCGGACCACAAGCCGGCGUUUUGGAAGCUGGGUCUCGUCAUGGCGCCGCUGCUUGUGGCGGUGACGAUGGCGUGCUCGCUCACUAUUGACGCGGCGCACAACUGGUACGACAUCGUUGGCGGAUCGAUGAUCGGCACCGUGACGGCCGUCGCCUCGUACCGGUGUACGUAUGCUGCCGUGCUGGACUGGCGGUUUAACCAUUUGCCGCUGCGAGAGACUGAGCCUUUCGCGUACGACUGCGAUAUCGUCACGCAGACAGUCACGCGUAGCGUCGGGUGGGGAGUCGGCAUGGACGGCUCAAGUGAGCCGGGUGAGGGUGAGCGGCGUGGAUUUUGGACACGCUACCCUAUGGGAGCAAGCACCUAUGCAGGGGAGACGGCUGUCGAGGGCAGGCCGAAAAGGCGGGCGUUGUAUAACAGGGUCGAUGGGCUUGGUGUAUGA